UUGCCUAAUCUCUCUCCAUUCCCCCCGAUCUCUCGGUUCUCUUCACAUGCAAAACCUCCGUUCCCCUCUCCCCACUCGAUAACCCGGUAGACCCGAUUUGUUGAAAAUGGACCUCUCGGAGGUAGUUAAAAAGCUGUGCCUGUCUGAGUCCAAGCACUUGAUCCGGAAAGCCGCGGAGCUCCGUCGCCUCUGUGACGUCCAGUUCGACUCCUCCAUUAUCGGCGUCGGAGAGGUUUGCAAAGCUAUAAUCUGCUUAGAGAUCGCCGCGACAAGGUUAGGGGUUUUAUUUGAUCGGCAAAGUGCUAUAAGGCUGAGUGGCAUGUCGGAGAAGGCUUAUAGUAGGUCUUUCAAUUCGUUGCAGAACGGACUUGGCGUCAAGAACAACCUGGAUGUAAGGGAGUUGGCGAUUCAGUUUGGAUGUGUGAGGCUCAUCCCUUUUGUGAAAAAGGGCUUAUCUCUUUAUAAGGAACGGUUUCUGGCUUCGUUGCCAGCUUCUCGGCGGGCAAGUGCUGACUUCACCCGCCCCUUGUUUACUUCUGUGGCGUUCUAUUUGUGUGCUAAAAUGCAUAAGCUAAAGGUAGACAAGCUCAAGUUGAUCGAGCUCUGUGGUGCAUCUGAACCUGAAUUCUCUAAUGUUUCUACAUCCAUGAAGGACUUGUGCCAUGAUGUUUUUGGAGUUGCAAAGGAGAAGAAGGAUGCCGGGGACGUAAAGGGGAAUCGAGCUUAUAUCUUCCUUCCUUUUCAGAACUUUUGGACGUAUUACCUGGGAAAAGGAAAAUGGAGGAUGGUGGUUAUUUAUCUGAUGAUGAAACAGAGUUUUCAAGUUACAAGAAGAUCAAAAGAACGGAAAAACAUGCUUAUGAGGAGUGGAAAUCUUCUGUCGUUGCAUCUAACAACCAAAACAACACAAAAGGUUUUGAAAAACACUUCCCUUCACUUGGUCAUGCUGUGAAGGAAAUUCACGUGGGAAGAAAAGAAUGAAGAAAUGGUUUUGGUCAGAGAUUCCGUUUCAUCUGCCCUAUCAGUUCGGAUCAUGAAGACUGGCAUGCAUUAUUCAACAACUCAUCUUAUAUAGAGCGGCAAGCAUUAUUGUCUGCUUUAAAAAUGGGCCUUUGAAAGACUGGGAGGCUGAAAAAAUAAAUAGACAAAGCCACUCUAGCAGCCACCCUAUAUGGCAAAACUCAUCAAUCCAGCCUCAAGGUAGGUGAACAGAACCUCGUUGAUACUGGGAAGGAAGCAUGGCAAAAACAACCAUUGCAGAGAAUCUGAUACAUAGUUCCAUUUUGUAACCUACAUUUACUGUGUAUUUAGCUCAUUCAUGACCGUUGAUCUCCAGCCGUCUUGGGAUUGUUUGGUUACCGUUGAUUUUCGUGUCUAUUAAUAAACA